CGUAAUGCUUCGUUUUUCAUCGUUCUUUAGUAAUCCCAAAAUCUCCUUCAUUGUGCUCGCUUUUCGGCACCCUCAGCGCACAUUAGCUUCCACCACCGUUACUUCCAUUAAAUAGACAGUCGCGUACAAGCAUUUUCAUUUCCUUUUUUGCUUUCACUUUUUGCUCGCGAGAGAUUUUGGUUUUUGGUUCUUCUUGGUGAUUGUUUGACACAAUGGCGACGGCGGCUGAUAGGGUAGAUCUGGACGGGAGGCCGAUAAAGCCUGUCACAAUAUGCAUGAUCGGUGCUGGAGGUUUCAUAGGCUCCCACCUUUGCGAGAAGUUGUUGAUGGAGACGCCGCAUAAGAUCUUGGCUCUUGAUGUCUACAACGAUAAGAUCAAGCACCUACUCGAGCCGGAAUCACAAUCUUGGGGCGACCGGAUCCAGUUCCACCGCCUCAACAUAAAAAACGACUCACGCCUUGAAGGCCUCAUCAAGAUGGCGGAUCUGACGAUAAAUCUGGCGGCUAUUUGUACUCCGGCAGAUUACAAUACGCGUCCGUUGGACACAAUUUACAGCAACUUUAUUGAUGCGCUUCCAGUGGUCAAGUACUGUUCGGAAAACAACAAGCGUCUAAUUCACUUCUCGACUUGCGAGGUGUAUGGUAAAACGAUUGGGAGCUUUCUUCCUAAAGAUCACCCUCUUCGUCAGGAUCCUGACUACUACCUUCUUAAAGAAGAUGCUUCCCCCUGCAUCUUUGGACCUAUUGAGAAGCAGAGGUGGUCUUAUGCAUGUGCAAAACAAUUGAUUGAGAGGUUGAUUUAUGCUGAGGGUGCAGAGAAUGGCCUUGAGUUCACCAUUGUGAGGCCUUUCAACUGGAUUGGACCCAGAAUGGAUUUCAUUCCUGGUAUUGAUGGCCCGAGUGAGGGUGUUCCCAGGGUUCUGGCAUGCUUUAGCAAUGCUCUCUUGCGCCAUGAACCACUCAAGCUAGUUGAUGGAGGUCAAUCUCAGAGAUCUUUUGUUUAUAUCAGGGAUGCUAUUGAAGCUGUUCUUUUGAUGAUCGAAAAUCCAGAGAGGGCUAAUGGUCACAUUUACAAUGUUGGAAACCCUAACAAUGAAGUUACAGUUAGGCAGCUUGCUGAAAUGAUGACUGAGGUCUAUUCAAAGGUAAGCGGAGAACCUGCUCUGGAGGUGCCAACAGUUGAUAUCUCCUCCGAGGAAUUUUAUGGUGAGGGAUAUGACGAUAGUGACAAGAGAGUUCCAGACAUGACUAUAAUCAAUGCACAUCUUGGUUGGAACCCCAAGACAUCACUGUGGGACUUGCUUGAAUCAACCCUCACUUAUCAACACAGGACAUAUGCCGAGGCAGUUAAAAAGGCCAUUUCACAACCUUCAUCAUCCAGCUAAGGAAACACUUGAUGUUUGUUAGAAUGAGUCCCAAUUCUUUGUUGAGGGAAAUUUUAACAUCUGUUAGAGUUUGUUCUAUAUAGGCUACAAUUUUUUGUCAUUCCAGCGUCAAUAGUCAAUGCCUCUAGUACCUCAGCUAUCCUGUGUUUCGAAUAUGGAUAUUACUCCUGAAAAGAUAAUAGGAUCUUAUUGGAUAAGUAUAUUUUGUUUCCUGUAAACUAGCCUUGUGAGCUUGGGCUGCGACAUUAAUGGGGGAAUUAUACAAAAUUUGUUCUGUUUCUUUGUA